AUGUUCGGGACAACAGACAUACUUAUGACCAGUUCUCCACCUAGUACAUUUGUAUAUGAACUAUCACUACACAACAAACAAGUGACAACAUUUGCUGACAUCAGACCACGUACAGCACGGGACGUCAGUAUCAACGAGAGGGGCGAGGUGUUUGUUACUACAGGUACACCAGACAUAUUGGUACUGAAUCAGUCAGGUACGAUUAUAAGGAAGGUCACGAUUGGAUCGGAAUUAAUAAAGUACACUGUCUGCUUGUCAUCGGGACGUCUGGGUGUAGUUCAAACAAUUGGAGGAAAGUCGGCUGAUAAGAAUAUAAAGAUAACAGACGAGUCCGGUACCGUCAUACAGACAUGGACUGGUGAACUCGACAACGGUCAAAAGGUCGGUAGUAUGUGCCUCUGUAAGAUGUCAUGUGAUAAGUACGAUAGAGUUUUUGUACCAGACUUCAGUAACAAUCAGGUGUACGUCCUACCGAGAGACGGUAAACAGGCUGUGUGUCUCCUGGACCGGCCACACGGAGUGGUGAAACCUGCAGUGGUGGGUGUGGAUACGUGUGGUAACGUGUGGAUCGGGUGUGAGGACGGCACCGUACACGUGAUGGGACUGUAA